AUGGCCAAGUGCUGUUGGGCCUGUGCAUUCGAUUAUGCCAUACAUGGUCACGAUGGCUCCCUGUCGAAUCCAUUGCCUCCUGACUUGGUCACGAUCCCUUGCACCUUCCUUAUUCUACUGAUCACCUAUAUAUACUCGCCACAUCUCACCAAACCUAGUCCUUCAUCUCUCUCUCCUCCCUCACCCUCCUCUCACCAUGUCGUCUCCCAAGAAUCCAUCGAAUUUAGCUGCAGCCAGUACGUAUCUCUCCUACUCCAUCGCACCACAACACCAAAGACGCCUAGUCCGAGUCAAACCCCGUGCACGCCACACGCGACCUCGCCGCAACCCGCUUCGAAGCGAAGGCUCAAGGGCGUAAUGGGAGCACGACACGACUCCCCAUCACCUCCUACCACUCCUUAUAUUCCCAAUAAUAUCCACAAUGAACCUAAACUAACAUCGCUCUAUUAG